CUAUGUCACAAUGAGAGCAGGUGAAAUGCACCAUCAUCCCGUUCUGUUUGAUCUAACUAUGCUCUAAUAUUAGGAAUAAACCAGCUCUUAAUCGGAUGUAUGUGACACCAUGUGCAGUACCACAUACAGUAUGGGAAAUCAGGAAAAGAGUUACGAUAAAUGGACCCAACCUGGCUGGAGAAUAGAGCAGAAGUAUGCAAACAAUGUUCUUAUUGGCAACUGGGUGGAAGAUAAGUUUCAGACAGUUCACUCGAGAGUGUAAGACAGCCAACAGCACCAACCGUGCAGACUACCAGCCACAGUGGGACCACCGGCCAGACGUCAUCCUCAGACGAGAGGCGCUGCGGAAAGCUGAGGGCCUUCCUGCUAAGCUGCUUCUCUCCCACCAUGGCACGCUGCCCUCCCAUUACCUGGUCACCCUCUAUGAUGAGAUGUAUGGGCGCCAGGGCACCUCCACCCUGCCUCCGUUGCGUUCCUGGCAUCCAGACAGGCUGGCGUGGACGCCAGAGAAGUCUGACCACCCAAGCUUGGCACCUCCAACUAACUUUGGCCUGGUGGAGUCUAGACAGGUCCGUCUGGACCAGCAGCAGUCCCCCCUCCCUGCGCUGAGUGUGUAUAGGUCAGCGUACCAGAAGUACCCACUCAGUGCUUUCUGCCAGCCCCGCUUCGCCAGUGUGCCACGAGGCCACUCCAGUAAGCUCCAUCCUGCCAAUCGAAUCAACAAGGACAUGGAUCUGAAACAACGGCCCUGCAGACAGGUCCCAGACAACUCAGUCUCCGCCAGCAUCCUCCCUCCCCUGUCUGUUGUGUAGACACAGAGCUCGGGCCCUGAGAUGGCGCCUCACACGCUGUUUCGAUACUCCGUGCUCCAAGGCAUGAAAAAUUAAAUGAAGCAGAACAUAUGGGAUAUCAAAAUAUGUAUAAAAUUAAACAGGAGUCUCAUUAUAAUCUCUUGAAAUCUAGGCUGUGUGUGUGUGUGUGUGUGUGUGUGUGUGUGUGUGUGUGUGUGUGUGUGUGUGUGUGUGUGUGUGUGUGUGUGUGUGUGUGUGUGUGUGUGUGUGUGUGUGUGUGUGUGUGUGUGUGUGUGUAGGAAGGAAGGAGUGACCGCAAAACACAUCUGAACAUUUAGGAUAAUCACAUGCUAAUUAUUUUCCUUGCACUUAAUAUUUUCAAUUUACUGUUUCGCUAUUUGCCGUUCUUGUCUAUUAAUGUUUUGUAUUAUGUCAUGUUUCAUGUUUUGUGUAGACACAGGAAGAGUAGCUGCUGCCUUCGCAACAGCUAAUGGGGAUACUAAUAAAAUACCAAAAUACCAAAUACCCUAGCCUAGAUGCUUUGGAAAUCAAAGAGAGUGUUGAUGUCAGAGCUGACCUGGGUGUCCAUAUCAGGAGCAAUGAGUGAUGCAAGGCAAACUCUGAGGGGGCCUGUCUAACUCCCAUUCCAUUAGGUGUUUAAUUACAGGGAAUCAAAGUGUUUAAUUAGGAGGAAUAAAAUAUGCUUAUGUGUUUGAUCGUCAACCAUCUGUGUCUCUAUUCUCCUGCUGCCUCAGCUAGUGCAGCCCUCUCCCCGCCUCUCCGUUACUCAUUUCAAUACUCAAGUUGAUUAUUGUGUGAGUCAGAAAAUGUGGGUAGAUCAUGUGUUAUCAAUUACUCGUUUGUAUGUUUGGUUAGUUAAACCACAUGAUGGCGCUAUAGCGACAUGUCACACAAUGGAAUCCCAGACAAGGGUGUCGUGCCACUCAAUUAUUCUUAGUCAAUGAUUGCUCUUUGUGAGACAACUCGAUUUGAAUGAAAAAACUAUUAGACAUUUAAACAUUCAUUCAAACAUGUAUAUUGUUGAUGUAAUUAUGCAACACAUCAAUUAACCACCACAUCUAUCAUCCUACAAAUUCAUUGAUUUACUCUACAGUCAGACACGACACAUCACACAGCAGAGCUCUGUUUGUUAAAUUGUUGAUGACUUAUAAUUGAAAAUCACUCACUGUCUGGAAGGAAAACAUAUUUCAUUUAAAUCAUGAUUCAACAACAUGACUUAAAUGCCAACACAAUGCUGAACUGCUUUCAUUUUUUUUUUUUUUUUGCAUAUUUCUUUCUUCUGCUGAUUAAUAUUGUACAAAUGUAACAAUAAAUAUUUGUUUAUAAAAUCAA